AUGGACUUAGAAAUAAUGAAAUACAAUUUGCAGGACCAAUACCAGAAAAAGGAUGUUCGUGUUGAGACAAAGCAAGAUCUAGAUCGUCAAUUGGUAAAGUCGGAAACUUGUAUAAUAAAAUUAUUAGAGAUUGACUUGGAAAUACCAUCGACAAAUCAAAGUGAAAGAAAAGAGUCGGAACCUGAAACCUAUGAAAAAAUUGAUUUUAUAAUAAAAAAAUUGUCGGCGGAUUAUCUAGGAAUCAAAGAAAAGUUUACUGUGAUCCUGCAGGAAAUAGACGAUGAGGAUAUUAUAGACAAGCAAACAGCAAUAGUAAUUUCUGGUUCUGGAGGUAUUGGAAAAGGAAUUGCUAAUCAAGAUAUUACAGCAAGUGAUGAAAAUGAUUUAAUGUUUUUUACCGGUAAAGUAUAA